AGUUGAAAAUGGCGAUGAUUAAAAAUUUCCGGAUAUUUCACAAACUAGAACCGCCGUAUAGUGUUAUUAUUGAGAACAAAAAUUACGAAGAAUCACUACUUCUGGAGUCCAAUGCUUUAGCAGUUUUACAUUCAAGUGAAGCUGAGCUGGUAAAGAAACAAUACACAAAAAUACUUGAUGCCUAUGGGUGUCUUGGGGUCCUGAAUUUUGCAAUUGAAGAUAAUGUACUUUUCCUAGUACUGGUCACUGGUUGUUUGUCUGUGGGUAAAAUAUGCGAUUCAGAAAUAUUUCGGAUCACAUCAACCCACUUCCUAUCUCUGAGGAAUGGCCAAAGUGAUGAGGAGAGGAUCUCUGAGGUUAAGAAACUUCUGAAUUCGGGGACUUUCUACUUUGCUUGGUCUGCAGCUGGGACCACAUGGGAUCUCACUUUGUGUGCCCAGAGAAAAAUCCAGGAACAUGACACGGAUAAUAGAUUUUUCUGGAAUAGAAUGCUGCAUGUACAUUUCCAGAGAUUUGCUAUUGACUGUGACAGGUGGUUGUUUAAGAUGAUAUGUGGAGGUGUAGAGAUUAGGACAAUUUAUGCUGCUCAUCGACAAGCCAAGGCUUGCCUUAUAUCACGACUCAGCUGUGAGAGGGCUGGAACCAGAUUUAAUGUUCGGGGGACAAAUGAUGAUGGCCAUGUGGCCAAUUUUGUGGAGACAGAACAGGUUAUUUUCUUAGAUGAAAAAAUAUCAUCGUUUAUUCAGACCAGAGGUUCAGUUCCAUUAUUCUGGGAACAGCCUGGAAUCCAGGUUGGGUCCCAUCGAGUGCGGAUGUCCCGAGGUCAUGAAGCUUCAGCCCCAGCAUUUGACAGACAUCUUAACAUGCUUAAGGACUUGUAUGGGGAUCAGGUGCUGAUAAAUCUGCUGGGACAGAAGGAGGGGGAACACAUGCUCAGUCAGGCAUAUCAGAAACACCACAAAGCUUCCACAUUUCAUCAGAGGAUACCAUUGAUUAACUUUGACUACCAUUCUGAGUGCCGUGGUAGUACUAAGAAUCUGGACAAAUUAAAACACAAAGUUCUGAAGCAACUGGUGGACUUUGGUUAUUUCUACAGUGUGGACAAUCAAGGGGAUAGAUUUCAGUCAGGUACCAUGAGAUCCAACUGUUUAGACUGUUUAGAUAGAACCAAUGCCGUGCAGUCCAUGCUUGGGAUGGAGAUGCUACCUCGUCAGUUGGAGAGUUUAGGACUGGCUGAGAAACAACAGAUGGUAUCCAGGUUCUUAGACAUCUAUCGUCAAAUAUGGAGAGCUAAUGGGGACCAUGUCAGCAGAAUUUAUGCUGGAACUGGAGCUCUUGGAGGGGGCAGAUCAAAGUAUUCUGAUGCCACCCGCUCAGCCUCACGUACCAUUCAGAAUAACUUCCUUGACAACAGUAAACAGGAAGCUAUAGAUAUUCUGUUGCUAGGCAACACAUUAAGGGGAGAGUUAGCAGACAAGGCUCGUGCAUUGCUAACUACAAGAAUUUUACAUGCCCCUCCAGCUAUUCUUGAGGCAAUGGUCAACAGUCAUUCUGAGUAUACAGAGGUAGAAAAUCUGAGGAUUUUCAUUGGAACCUGGAAUGUGAAUGGAGGAAAACACUUUAGGAGUAUUGCACACAAACACGAGUCGAUAUCAGACUGGCUGUUAGAUGCUGCCUCCAUUACUAAAGAAAAGAAUCCAGAAAUGGUGGACAAAUCGGCCGAUUUGGAUCGACCAAUGGAUAUUUUUGCCAUUGGUUUUGAAGAGAUUGUUGAUCUAAAUGCCAGUAACAUCAUGAAAGCCAGUACCACGAAUGCCAGGGAAUGGCAGAAGGAGCUGUUAAAGAUUCUCUCUCGUGACCAUAAAUAUGUGAUAUUGACCAGUGUCCAGUUGGUGGGGGUCAUUCUCUAUGUGUUUAUACGUCCUCACCUGGCUCCAUUUAUCAGGGAUGUUGCUACAGACUCUGCUAAGACAGGAUUAGGAGGUGCCGCUGGUAACAAAGGGGGCGUGGCCAUACGUUUUCUGUAUCAGAGCACAUCAUUGUGUUUUGUUUGUGCUCAUCUGUCUGCAGGACAGUCACAAGUCAAUGAUCGCAACAGCGACUACCACGAAAUUUCACGCAAAAUCUGCUUCCCAAUGAUUACACCAACCCUUCGGAAGGGGAGGACAGUAGGAUCCCAUGACUAUGUAUUCUGGUGUGGGGACUUCAAUUACAGAAUUGACCUUCCUCGAGAGGAGAUCUUGAGUCUGAUCGAGGACAAAAACUGGGGUGCUCUCCAGGCAUGUGACCAACUCAAAGUCCAGAAAGAGGCUGGCAAUGUAUUUAAAGGCUUUAGUGAGGGCCCUACAGACUUUGCCCCGACCUACAAGUACGAUCUUUUCUGUAACGACUAUGAUUCCAGUGAGAAGUGUCGCUGUCCAGCUUGGACAGACAGAAUCCUCAUGAGAAGAAAGCCCCUCAUUCACCAUCAGCCCAAGUUGUUACAGGAUGGACCAGUUUGGAAUCCUGGGAAAAUGAUUUUAUACAACAGGGUAGAACUAAAGACAUCAGAUCAUAGGCCGGUGCUGGCACUGUAUGACAUUGACACAUUGAAAGUGGUUGAAAACAAGAAGGAGCAGAAGUUACAGGAAAUAGUGAGUCAGCAGGGCCCACCAGAUGGCACUGUUAUUGUUUCUGUGGAAACGGAGGAAAUGGAACAAGACUUAGUGGAAGCCAUUGUUCACUUCUUCUCAGAUGUUGGAGAAAUUGUUCUUAUCAGAUUUGUAGAAGCUGAUUUGUGGUUAAUCUUCAAGACAGGACAGUUUGCACUGAAGGCAUUGAACUAUGAUGGCACAGAGAUAAAUGGAACUACAGUAAGAACUCGACUAAAGACACAGAACUGGCAGGCUCAGAUACAAGAAGAGCUUAAGAUCUGUAUAGUUAAAACUACCCCACUCUACAACCAGUUCUCUAACAGCCUGCUCGGAGAGGACUUCAGCACACCGGCCAUGGAGUUUGAGUCAGAAGAAGAGGAUGACGCAGAAGUACAGGAAUCUUUGUUAGACACUCCUUUUGAACAUCUAAGAUCAAGUUCACCAACAGGGUCAGGCCGAUACAGUCCAUAUUCUGAUGAUGGGUUUUUAGAUACUCCUUCUGCCCCCCCUCCAAGGCCCCAACAGGUGAACAGACCCCCAAUUCCUGCCACAGGACCCAACAGAGAGUCACCAGAACCAUAUACAAGUCAACCUAAACAACCAGGACCAGAGCCUGGGUCCAGACCAGGACCUCCACAACGCCCCACAGGACCCCCAGCCAAACCACCGCCCCCACAGAGACCAAAAGCUCCUCCCUUCAAGCCAUUACAAACUGCUGCUAAAUCCAUUGAACCUGAUGUCAAAAAGCCACCUCCAGUUGUUAGAAAACCAAUCAGCUCACACAGUAUAAAGAAAAUCAAGAUAAAACAACAGCAAACAACGACCACACAGAUGCAGCCAAUGAAUAUUGGUCUUCCUACAAAUGUGACUCACCAUGGACAUGCUACCUCUAUAGAAGAUGCACAGUCUCUGAUUGAAAAACUGAUGGAGGGGGGAGGUAACUCAUUACCCCCAGCCCUGCUGCCAAACACAGAUAAUAAAAUGGUUAGAAGCCAGACAAGUGAGUCUGUCACAGCUAACAAACCUACACUAGAAGCACCAAAACCUGUACCAAGACACAGAAGUACAGAGAACAUUUCAUCCAUGACAGAAGCCCCACAGCGGCCCCAGCGACCAAGAGACAGCCCUCCUAGUGUACAGCCCCGUAGUGAUACUCGCCCUGUUCCUGCCCCAAGGAGGGAGGUUCAGAGUAUGGCCAUCCAUGGAGGGGAUCAACUCAAGCCCACCAGGGGGCCUCCUCCCAUUCCACCGACUCGACCUCAGAGCUGGAUGCCCUCAACUGGAACUGUACCAGAUGAUCAGACAUAUGCAGUUGUAAAUAAAACAUCAAAAUCUAUUCCUGAUAGCUCUAGUCAGAACAUACUUGAUGUCCCUUUGUCGCCUGGUAGCAGUGAUACAGCACAAAAAGAUCCAUUUGACACAUCAAGUGUUCCUAGUCAGUUUCUAAAUCAGGCACCACAAACUGCUGGUAAACCUCCACCCAGAGUUAGUAGACCUCCACCUCCAGUACCUACCCGACAAGUGUUCAACGACCAGGAUAUCACAGCUAGUGCUUCCGCAGACCUACAAAGUGACCAAGCACAAUUAAACGACAUUCAGAGCAAUUCUGAAAAUCAGGCAGAUUCUCCACAAAUUCCUUCUUUUAGCCCUCCAGAGCUCCCAUCCUUUGAGAACACUCAUGAACAGUUUACAUCAUCUAUGGGUUCCCUUCCCGACCCAAUCACAGGAGGACCCCCUUCUGAAUCCCCACCUCCUUUACCAUUCGAUGGACCCCCUUCAGAACCUCCACCUCCUCUUCCUACAAAAGGUCCCCCCUUGGAGCCCCCACCAUCUCUACCAUCUAAUGGUCCCCCAUCUGAGCCCCCACCCCCUCCACCAAUCGAUGAAGAUGACCAGUUUGCAGAAUUCAAAGCCAAUUUUAAUCAUUUUCAAAAUUCAUCACCACCUCCUGAAAGUUUACCUUCCGAUCCCCCUCUUACUGCCCCACCCCCUAUUCCCAAGGGACCUUCUUCCAAUGGACAAGCACCUAGAAGAGAUCUUCCUCCUGUUCCUACAAGGGGGCCAGCCACAGGGCACCCUCCUAUUCCAAAAAGACCAAUGAAUUUACCCCCUGUGCCACCAAGGUCUUGAAAUAAUCAAUGAUCAUGUAAUAAUUCUGCUUCUAAAUAACUUGGCUUUGAUAAAUAUCAGCAGUAAUAAGAAAUCAGUCUUUUUGUUUUAUUUGUGUAGGCAUGUUAAUAAUGCAAUCCUAGAGGUUUGUUAUUGGUGUGUUCUUUGUUAUGUUUAUAACGUUACAUUUUUAUUGUGGUAGAACCACACCUAGACUGUGAUAAUACUGGACUCGGGCAUGGUUUAUUGGAUUGAUACCUCUUUUUUGUUCCAACUGCUUGUUUGGAUUAACUCAAGUCAUUCAAUACCACGUCAUUAUUUUGAAUGCAAUGCUUCCACAUAAUAUCUGAAAGUAUUGACUAGUCAUAUUUAUGAUUUAUGAAGUAAAUUAUCAGGAUCUCUAAAAACUCAGAUAACUUUAUAUACAUGUACAUGUAGGUAUAAAUAUGCAGUCAUGAUGCCACUACUUUUUUUAUAUGUACAUUUAUUUAUUAUUAACAGUGAUUAAGAUGCAGUGAGUUUUAGCUAACACAAAAUAAACAUGAAAAUGUGAUUUCAUUUUUCUCCCAGCAGAUUUCAUUCCAAAUCCUACAUUCCUUCUCUCUUAUCCGUAGUCUUUGGUUGUGUCACAAGUAUAUAAAUUUGUCAGUUUUUUUUUUAGAGCAAUUGACACAUGUACCAUAUCAUUUAAUUUCAGUUUUGAUAUCAUUUGUCAUUCCAAAAGAUUUGUUAAAAUAGUAAUUAUUUGUGUUUGUCAGAAUACUGGCUUGCAAGUUAAUCAGUUAUCCAUGUUUUUGCAACUUACAACAAUACUGUGUUAUACAUGUACAUGCAUGUCCAAUGGUAGACCAAAUAUUUUUUAUUAUUAUUUUGCUGGCUAAGAAUUUACUCUGACAUAAUAUGUAAUUGUGUGCAAUAUAAAAAAAGCUUUGACCUUAAAAUUACUUAAGUGUAUUGUCCUACUUUAAAAGAAAACUUAUUUUCUCUGUGCUGUAUUCUCUUAAGAUUUUAGUACAUAUCACCUGUGUUAAAUUACUUGUGAAAACUAUCACAGUACAUGUGUACUAGUAAAGAAUUAGAACCAUUCAUUUGCUGAUUGUCUAGAUCUUUUCUUUGUUUUAACUGAUACUACUCUGCAUGUACGAGUUCAAGGAUAGUAUUUUCUGUGAUAGUGUAAAGGUGAAGUGCUAGUUACCAACAGUAACAUAGUGAUAUAUGUAACAGUAAUAAAAUGCUAUUUGAAUCAAAGAAA